AUGCCGCCGCCGACUUCGAACAAGCGCAAGCUACCAUCUGCCAUCCUCCAGAGACGAGUACGAGCGAGAAAGGAGGAGCCAGAACCUGAACUCGAGGAAGUUUUCAGCGACGAAUCAGCAGAAGAGGACGACUCGGCAGAAGAAGGCAGCAGCGACGAUGGGGAGUCCGACAGAGCAAGCAACGCAGAUGCCACUGACUCAGAAUCUUCCUCCAACGAUGACGACGACGACGACGAAGACGACUUAGACCCCGCACUCGUACCCUUCAGCAAGCUCGCCAAGGCGCAACAAGACUACCUCAGCGAACAACGGCAAAAAGCUCAAGGACACGCAGACUCAAACGGAGAGAGCGCCGAGGACGAUGAAGACGGCAACAACGGCAAAGAAGGCAACAAAUACUGGGACCCCUCAAAAUACGAAAAAUCCUCCUCCUCCAAGAAACAGCCCAAGCACCAGCGGUCGUCUAAACACGCCCCGGUAGAAGUGACCAGCAAGCGCCCGGUUACGCGCAAGCGCGAGGUCGUAUCCUCCACCAAGGUCCUCCCGCGGGACCCACGGUUCUCCGCCGCCUCAGGCCCGGUAGACGAGGAGCGCGCGCGGCGGGCAUAUUCCUUCCUGGACGAGUACCGCGCCUCGGAAAUGGCGCAGGUGCGCGACGCAAUUAAAAAAACCAAGGCGCCGGCGGCGAAGGAAGAACUCAAGCGCGCGCUCGUGUCGAUGCAGAGCCGCAAGCAGGCGCAGGAGCGCAAGGACGCCGAGCGCGCCGUCGUGGCCGACCACCGCAAGCACGAGAAGGAGCUCGUGGCCCAGGGCAAGCAGCCCUUCUACCUCAAGCGCGGCGAGCUGAAGAAGAGGGUGUUGGUCGAUCGAUUUGCUGGUAUGAAGAAGAAGCAGGUCGACCGCACCAUCGAGCGCAGGCGCAAGAAGGUCACGGCUAAGGAGCGGAAGGAUAUGCCGUUUGCGAGACGGGGUGCUGUGGAGGAGUAA